AGGACAUCACCAACUCUCGCCUCUACCUACCAAUCUCCCCUCAUCCACCACCAAACGCCAUAACCAUGUCGCUGAGGCUCCCCACCCGUCUUCUUCUGUCCGGAACUCGUCGACGGGUUGUCGCCCUUCCUGUUCGGAAAUUAACCCGCGCCUUCUCGGAAUGCGGCGUUCGACGAUCGGAUGCUCUCCAGGUGCACAGAAACACACCGGACAACAAUCCCUCGAUCCCCUUCAAGUUUACCGAACAGAACCUUCGCCUCAUCGAUGAGAUUCUGAAGCGCUACCCGCCGCAGUACAAGAAGGCGGCGACUAUGCCGCUGCUGGACCUGGGUCAGCGCCAACAUGGAUUCUGCUCCAUCUCGGUCAUGAAUGAGGUGGCGAGGCUUGUGGAGAUUCCGCCGAUGAGAGUUUACGAGGUCGCUACUUUCUACACCAUGUACAACCGUGAGAAAGUCGGAAAGUACCACCUGCAGGUGUGCACGACCACACCGUGCAUGCUCCAGAACUCGGACGCGGUCAUGAAGGCGAUCACGGAGCAUCUCGGCAUCACCCCCGGCCACAGCACCGAGGACGGCGUGUUCACCUUCUCCGAGGUUGAAUGUCUCGGCGCCUGCGUCAACGCUCCCAUGGUCCAGAUCAACGACGACUUCUACGAGGACCUGACGGCCGAGUCGGUAGUGCAGCUCCUGAACGCGCUCAAGGCCGCCGCCGACUCCCUGCCGAAGCAGUUGCCGAUGUGGGAUGAGCCCGCGCCGACGGGCGCCACCAACGGAAAGGGUACCGGUGCCGAAACGGGCAAGGACGCCGGUGUCAAGUCCGGCAAGGGCAUCAACACAGGCAAGGGACGCAAGGUCGGCGCCGUACAGAUUCCUCCUCCCGGACCCCUCAGUGGUCGGCAGACGUGCGAGAACAGCGCGGGUCUCACCAACCUGACGAGUCGCAAGUGGGGGCCGGAGGUGUUCAGGAAGGACUUGUAGAUGGAUGUGCGAGGGCGCGGAGAGGCGGACCUGUGUAUAGACAAUUGAUGGCCAAUGUAUGCGCAAAAUAAUUGGGCAGGGCAUUCAUGUCUCUCGUGUCUUGGGACCCCUCACAAUGGGAGGGCUCGGGCUGCAUAUCAAUUGCCAAACGCUGCCAUUGCCAUCU